AUGGCACCAGUGCGAGCCAAACGAUCUCGAAUUGAGCAGUCGCCGAGCUACGGCGGCGCUGACCCGAUGUCCAAGAAGAGAGGACCUUCGGUUACUGAGCCGUCGGUUGACGGAAUCGAUUCGCAUUUGGCUCCGUCCAAUAUCUCGGCCGACGACAACACUUCCAAGCAGUCAGUGGCGGUGACAUCGGAUUCCUCCAGCUUGUCCCGACCGGCGCCGAUUAUGAUGAUAUCGCCGCUGGAAGCGUUGAGCGAGGACGGCGGCCCGAGGGUGAAUGGUGAUUAUUUUCUUGAUAAAUGCUUCUACUGCAAAAAGAAAAUGGACGUGAGUGACCAUGUUUUCAUGUAUAGAAACUUUCGUGCGUUCUGUACCCCUUUCUGCCGUGAAAAAGUAAUGAACAAUGACGAAGAAUUUAAAAAAGAGUUCAAGCACUUUUGUGAAACUGUGUUGCAAGACAAGAAGAAGAUGAACUGGUGGGGUCCCAUAUAA